GCAGGAUUUAACAUGCCGGGGAUUGAGGAAGGGUUUUGCAACUUCCAGCCCAAAGGAGAAGUAUUGGCUUCCUCAGCUUCCCCCUGACAAUGGAGACAAAUGUCACCCCAUCGCACUGGUGACUAACAACAGGCAGUAGGAACUAAAAUAGAACUUCAUCCUGCCGGGAGGAGGAGCGAGGGGACUGAAGGCGCCCAGCUUCCCUCCCUUCUCGGCUGAAGGACUGGCAGGCAUUUGGUGGUUCCCUAUACCCUGCAGUCAAGCCCCAGUUACGUCUCCGAUGGACACCGGCUUCACCCACGAAGUGGCCCAGGCUGCUCCCUGGGAUGUGGCGCCCAGCUAGGUCCUGACAUCUAGCUCCUGAUCCCUGCCCCAGCCUGUGUUCUCUGACUGCAACUCGAAUCUCAAACCACAGCCGCACUGCCUUCUUACCACUUCUUUACCUGCCCGAGUCAUGUUCAAGAUGAGGAUGCAAAGCCACGGAAAAAUGCCCAGUCCAGAAACUGGAGCUGCAGCCUGACUAAAUUUAGAGUUGAGCUCUUACCUGCCUCUUACACUGUACUGACAUGUGAACGCAGGUCGGAUAAAAGAUGGGCAGGAACGGAUUCUGUCUUCUCUGAUGCCCUGGGCAGUGUUCUUUCUGCCACAUCACACUGGCUCUGAUGUCCUGGUUCAGCACCUGCAGGUGACAGGAACCUGUGCUGGUGGGCCGGUCUCUCCUGUGGUUUCGAUACUGCCAUGUCUAGAGCCGCACCAUCCGAUGCAGUGUCCACGGGCCGCAAGGAGCUCGGGGCCCAGGAAGUCUGGGCAGCCCCCCGCCACCGAUGGAGCCCCCUCACCCUCACGCUGUGGAGGACAACCCCAGCUCGGAGGGGACGGCCAUUGCCCAAGGUCACCACAUGGUGGCCGGUUCUGAGCAGUAGGUGUGCAGCACACAGGCUGAUGCUGGGUCUCACCCAUGAUGGCCCUUGGAGCCUCGCGGUGACCAGAGGGCACACACUGCACUUUCUCUGCAGGAAUGAAGUGGAACAGACGUGGAACGAAGAACAUACGUGGAAAAUGCCUGUAUCAUAAACAUAUGAAUUUCCACAAACUGAAGCCAUCGUGUGACCAGCACCCAGAUCAAGAGAAAGCUUGUCGCCAGCUCCUGAGAGGCCACCUUUCCAUCUUAUCCCUCAAUCCAUGGAGAGAGCAUUACCUCCUGGGACUCCUGUGAUGAACAUACCGUUGGUUGCUAAGCCUCUUCAGCGGGGAAUUCCUGUAAUUUCACUUUUUCAUCUCUUCCAAUGACUAGAGGAGUUCUGGGAAUAUGCAAGGUCCUCAGUGAAGGAACUGGGGCCCAACAAUUCAGAGUCUCCUGGCCCCCUAAAGAAAAAGGAGAGUUUUCAUACUAAAAGAAGGACAGUGGACACUGGAUGGACACAGAAACAGCAAUGACAGCAAACGAAGCAAACACCUACCACAGUGGAAUCCGAUCACCUCUAGGUCAGGGUAUUGAUCAGAAUUCUUUCAGUUGUAAGAGACAGAAGCUCAGCUGAAGCCAGUUAAAUGUAUCAGCUCGUGUGAUCGUGAAAUCCUCCCCCACCUUAAUUUGGGUCCAUUUCCAUUCAUUGUACUUGGCACACAAUGAGCCCUUUCCAUCUGGGAGCUGGUGACAUUUCAUUCUGGGAAAUUUUCUUGAAUUAUUUAUUGGAUAAUUCCUUCUCUUUUGAUUUUCUCUGUGCUCUUUGUCGAAUUCCUAAAACGUAGAUGUUGGACCCUAGGAAUGGUCCUCUCUCUCAUUUUUCCAUAUUUUGUCUUUUUUUUUAAACCAGAGAUGGCCUUAACUUCACUUUCUAAACCCCUGUUGAUUUUUAAAAUCUGACAGGCUUUUAAUGUCCGGAGCUCUUUUUGUACUAUAAAUGUUCCUUUUGCUAGCAUUCAGUUCUUGUUUCAGGCAUGUCCUAUAUCUUCUCUUUUUAUCUGAGGACAGUAGCAUUUAUAUUUUUGAAGUUUUCUUCUCUCUGCCUAGCCUCUGAUUCCUCGAAAUCCUUGCUUCCUGUCAGUCCAUUUGAUCUCUGUCUUUCACACCGGAGGCUGUCCUUUCAUGUCUUGGGGUUCUCAGUACUCUGUUGGAAGCUCUGAGCACUUGGCAGGGGUUUGUUAGCUGUGAGCUUCACUAAAUAUUGCCGGUUUGGACUCUGGGGCAGGGAGAUCCAUAAUGCCAGUGGCUUUGCCUGUUUCCUCUCAGACCAGUCAGAUUCUAUGCUGGAGAUCUCCCAGUCUCCUUUUGACUGCUGGUUUUCUGAGUGAAGGAUGCAAGCAAGAGGGGCCUUGGUUGUGUGUGCAUGUGGUCACUUAAUCCCUUCUCCAGAGAAUCCCAGUCUUCUCUGGGGUGAAGGAGGGGCAGCUGCCUGCUGCACACAAUAGGGAAGGGAACCCAGGGAUGGAAACCGUUUCUUAAACAGCUUUGUACCAAUUCCCCUCUUUAAAACUAUCCCCUCAUCUCCUUGAAGGCACCUUUCAGAGACACUGGGUCCAGUCCCUUCCAGAGCCUUCUGAAAACUCCGUAAAAUAAACUGGACCAGCUCCUAGCUUAGCAUUUGCCUUCUGGGGUUUGCCAAGUCAGUUAGCACAUGUCCAUCUACCUUCCUGGUUCUAAACUUUUGCUGUUGUUGACGACUUCGAAUUUUUUUCCAUUCUUGUGACUUUAUGCCUUAAUUAAAAAUAAAACAAAAAGGCAUUGUUGUUUCAGAGUGUUUCCCAAGGGAGCAAAACUAGACCUUUAUGUUCAGUCUGCCCUCUUCACCUGAAGUUCUCAUGCUUCUUCUUGCUUUAGGGUCUUUAAAAAAAAUACUCUUCCUUCUACCCUCACCCUUCACCUAGUGACAACUGCUCAGCUGUUGACUUUGCUUCAAGCCGAUAAGGAGACCUUCCCCGGUCACCCCCACACAGACAUACACGCAUAUCAGACAGGAACCCACUCGUUCUAAGCAUCCUUAGUACCAGCACUGCCUAGUCAGCUUAUCACAGUUAAUAUCAAACAUUCACAUGAUUAGCUGUUUGCCUUUCUGCCACCACUGCCCGUCCCGCUACAGGACAGGAGCCCUGGCUAUGUCAUCCACCCCUGGAUCCUUAUGGUCCAGCACAGACUCUCACAUGCUAAGCACUGGAUAAGUAUUUAUAAAAUUAAUGAAAAAAUGAAUUACUGAAAGGAGUCAUUAAUUCUAGAAAUGAAAUAGCUUGAAAUAUUUAAAUGCCAGUUCUUCAAAGUUUUUCUCGUAAUUAUUUCAAAAAAUCUUAGGAUACAGCACCCCAUUAUGCCAGUAUAAUUUAGAUAUUUUAAAAAAUCACUGAUAGGAAGUACUUGGAGGUAUCAACCCUGUGCUCCGAAUUCCAGCAAGUCACGUCCCACCAAACUGUAGGAUGUGGCUGACAGGCUAGGUCUCUGAAAUUGCAAAAAAUUAGGAUAUAUUGGCCCCAAACUCACUAUGUAAAGCACAUAUGCUCAUAUCAUAGAAGCUGGAGGUGCAAGCACCAUCUCACAUUCCACACAAUGUUGAGGUGCUGAAAGUCUUGCACCUUAAGACUACGAAAUUCCUAGAUACCCCAACCAGAAAAGUCGAUAUGCUCUGUGAAGAGAGUACUCUGAGCUCUGCAGCAUUCUUUAGUUGUCAGACCAGCUACAGGGCUGAGCUGGAGCUGUUUCUUUAGAGGGAUUGCUGGUGAUUCAAAGUAAUGGUGCAUUUCAUCAUAAGAUGUGUAACCCAAUACUAAGAGACUCAAAACUACUCCUUUCUAAUCUAGCCUGUUUAUUGACCCCACUAAUUAUGAUGGUGUUUGUUUUAUGGUUUUCCUGGUAUAUUAGGGUUCUCCAGAGAAACAGAACCAACUGGAUGAAUAGAUAUACAAAGAGAGAGAUUUAUUUUAAGGAAUUGGCUAAUGUGACUUUGGAGGCUGGACAAGCCCAAAAUCUUCAGGGUAGGCCAGCAUCUUGGAUACCCAGGGAAGUUGGAGUUUGAAUUCAAAAGCAGUUUGGUGGCAGAAUUCCCUCUACUUCCUGGGAAGUCAGUCUUUUUUUAAUUAAGACCUUCAACUGAUUGGAUGAGGCCCUCCCACAUUAUGACAUAAUCUGCUUUACCCCAAGUCCACUGAUGUAAAUGUUAAUCUCAUAUAUAAAAAUACCUUCGCAGAAUAUCUGACUAAAUAUCUGGGGAUCAUGGCCUAGCCAAAUUGAUGCAUAAAAUUAAGCUUCACAUGUGGUGAUUACUGGAACUAUUCAUAGAGUUUUCUAAGUUUUGGAGACUAGCUAAAAAAAAAAAAAAAAAGUAAUGGAUUUCAAUUAAGACUCUCCCCAAAGACUUGGGAAUUGUAUCAAUAAUAGAAGUUGCAAAUGUUAUGAAAAAUAUGCUUUAAAACAUGUCUGGCCCUGAGGGCAUUCUUUCCAGGAUGCAGUGAAAGUUUCUGUGCAGGAGAAAGUAGACUUGGAGAGACCAUUGAUUCUGAGGGUCUUACAUGACUUUGGCUGUGUUGUUUGGUCUAGCCGCCUUCCUCUGAGGUGCUGGUAUCCCUGCUGUGUGCCCAAAGGCAGAUAAGAUACCUACAGAGGAUCUGUUCUCCACUGAGCUGUGCACACACGACAGUGCAGACUCUGAGAGAAAGGAAUGAGCAACACUGAAAACCUCCAGAAGGAAGGCUCUCAUUAAGGUACCUUUGUGACCAGACCCUUCUGCUUGGAUGGAUUCUACACUGGAGCCCAAUGUGACAACAGUAACUGACUACUACUAUCCUGAUAUCAUCUCAAGCCCCUGCGAUGGGGAACUUACCCAGAGAGACAGCAAGUUGCUUCUGGCCGUCUUCUACUGUCUCCUGUUUGUAUUCGGUCUUCUGGGAAACAGCCUGGUCAUCCUGGUCCUUGUCGCCUGCAAGAAGCUAAGGAGCAUCACGGAUGUGUACCUCUUGAACCUGGCCCUGUCCGACUUGCUUUUUGUCUUCUCCUUCCCGUUUCAGACGCACUAUCAGCUAGACCAGUGGGUGUUUGGGACUGUGAUGUGCAAGGCGGUCUCUGGCUUUUAUUACAUUGGCUUCUUCAGCAGCAUGUUCUUCAUCACCCUCAUGAGUGUGGACAGGUACCUGGCUGUGGUCCACGCCGUACACGCCAUAAAGGUGAGGACAGCCAGGAUAGGCACAGCCCUGAGUCUGGCAGUGUGGCUGACUGCUCUCUUGGCUACCAGCCCACUCCUAGUAUUUUACCAAGUGGCCUCUGAAGAUGGCACUCUACAGUGUUACUCCUUUUAUGAUCAACAGACUUUGAAGUGGAAGCUCUUCAUCCACUUUGAAAUGAACAUCUUAGGCCUGUUGAUCCCGUUCACCAUCCUUCUGUUCUGCUACAUUAGCAUCCUGUACCAGCUGAAGAGGUGUCAGAACCAUCACAAGACCAAGGCCGUCAAGCUCGUGCUCAUCGUGGUGGUGGCCUCUUUGCUCUUCUGGGUCCCCUUCAAUGCGGUCCUCUUCCUUUCUUCCCUGCACAGCAUGCGCAUCUUGGAUGGAUGUGUCAUGAGCCAGCGGCUGGUUUAUGCCACCCAUGUCACAGAAACCAUUUCCUUCACCCACUGCUGUGUCAACCCUAUUAUCUAUGCUUUCAUGGGUGAGAAGUUCAAGAAACACCUCUCAGAAAUCUUUCAGAAAAUUCGCAGCCACAUCUUCAUCUACACAGGGAGAAAAAUCUCUGGGGAGGCCUGGGAGAGGUCAUCUUCCUGCCAGUACUUCUCCCGUUCCUCCAGUGUGGACUACAUUUUGUGAGGACGAUGCGUUAAAGCAGACCACUGCCUCUGUCACCAGACCUCCUCCGGGAGACAAAAAUGAUUCACAUUGGAGUCUGAGGCUACAUGAGUGAUACUCUUAGAAAAUCGGUUAUAGACAUGUUGACUGAAAUAAAUGCGCAGCCUACAAGUUAAAAGUUAUGUUUUAUUUGGCGGUAGGACUCCAGCCAGGACAACAGCCUCUCAGAUCGCUCUGAGGGACUGCUUGAAGAGGUAGGGGAGGAGCUAGGAUAUAUAGGAGCUUUACAACAAAGACCAGGUAGUUCGAACAAUAAAAGAUUACUUGUUAUCUAAAGAAAACCAGGCAUCUCAAGUUAAAGAAUUUAGUACUUUUCUAUAUAUGGGAGGAAGCAAACAUUUGGGCUCAUUGAAUUCAUUCCUUUGACAAGCAUCUAGCUAUCUAGGGCCAUUAUCUUGUCCUUUAUUUUUCUGAGUCCGCUCAGAAUGCACCAUUGUGAGUGGCUGCAGAGGCCGGACUGCAGGCUUGUCUUCCCUGGGAGGGUGGCGGCAGCCGCUGAUGACUUGGUUACAGCAUUCUUUGUUUACUGAUAUGGUUUACAGUAUUUUUUGUGUCACAGAUACAAGACCUAUUACAUGAUGUUAAAUGAAUACUUACUCUUGCAAGUUAAUCUUCUCAACUCUCAAAGACUUUUACUAUUUUCUGAAAAGAAUGUAUAUAUUUCACUAUCCAUUGUAACCUUAACUAUGGGGAUUUUUUUCCCCUUAGUUCUUGGUGUCUUUAUCAUAUACCAGUUUAAGUUUUAUCAGAUGUUUUUUCCUUAUCUACUGAGGUGAUCAUGAAGUUUUCCUCCAUUUUUCUGUUAAUUUGGUGAACUCCAUUGUUUGGUUUUCUUAUUUUAAAUCAACCCGUAUUUUCCUCGUGGUCAUGAUCAUUUUAAUAAAGAAUUGAAUUCUCUUAAAAUUUUCAUAUCUGUGUUCAUGAGAGAUAUUGUCCUGUAAUUUUCCUUUCUUAUAAUGUCCUGGCCAGGUUUGGUCUCCAAAAAUAUGUUGGGAAGUACCCCUUUUUCUACUACUUUUUAUACUAAUCUCUGAAAGAGUUUGUAUAAAAUAUUGGGUAUUAUUUCUUCCUCAAAUGCUUGAUAAAAUUCAUUAUCAAUUCAUUAUAAUUCAUCUGGGUUUCUCUACAGGAAGAUUUCAAAUUAUUUAUUCAAUUUCUUUCACAGAAAUUACUCAGAGUUUUUUACUUUUGCUUGUCUCUGUUUUGGAAAGUUGUGAUUUUUAAGGAUUUUCCCAUUUUAUCUAAAUUGUCACACGUAUUAGAAUAAAGUUGUUCCUAAUAUCUUUUUAUAGUCUUUUAUUUCCUAUUCUUUUUCCAUUAUAGUUUAUUACAAGAUAUUGAAUAUAUUUCCUUGUGCUAAUCUGCUACUUUAUAGUCUUUUUUAUAUCAUAAGGCUCUGAAGUAAUGUCUCUUUUCAUACUUGAUAUUGGUAAUUUGUAUUUUCUCUUUUUUUUCCUUGAUCAGUCUUACGGGGUUCAUCAGUUUUACUAAUCUUUUCAAACAACAAGCUUUUGGCUUUAUUGAUUCUCUGCUUAUGUCUUUUCAUUGAUUUCUGCCCUGAUCUUUAUCUUACCUGCUUUCUUUGGGUUUAAUUUACUGUUUUAUUCUAGCUUCUUAAAAAUGGAAUCUUAGAUUCUUGAUUGACAACCUUUGUCCAUUCCUGAAACAUGUCUUUAAAGCUUCAAAACUCCCUCUCAGCACUGCUCUGACUGCAUCCCGUACAUUUUGAUGUAACACAUUUUCAUUAGUUUUCAAUUAAAUUAUUUUCUAUUGUGAACUCUUCUUUGAAUCAGGAGUUGUUUUAGAAAUUAAUUAAAAUUUUCCAAACAUUUGGGGAUUUCUAGUUAUCUUUAUCUUUUAAUUUCUAGUUUGCCUCCACUGUUCUCAGAGAACACACAUAUGUGUUCAGUUUUUGAAAUGUAUUGAGAAUUGUUUUAUGACCCAGCAUGUGGUUUAUGAUGGUAGAUGUACCAUAUAUACUUGAAAAGAAUGCAUAUAUUGUACAGUUGUUGGCUGUAGAUGGUUAAUCAGAUUGUUCGAGUCUUCCAUAUUCUUGCUGAUUUUUUCUGUUUGCUUAUUCCGAGUGACUCA